GGCAACACUACACGCCAUAUGGGAGCGGUUCGAAACGAACUCCUCGAACUGCGAGACGGGAAGUCAGCUAAGGAAGCAAGUGUUACCGUGGACACGGACCACGCCGGAAUCUGUCUCGCGUCUACCUUCACCGUAUACGUGAACGGAUCGGAUGUGUCGACGCUUGCACAGGCCGGGGCAUUAUUUAAGAUCUUCACCCAAGAUUUUGAUCAGGGAUUCGGCGUUGGUCCGUUGCCUGGUCGGGCUGCUUUGCAUCCGACCAAGGACCCGAAGGUGUGGUAUCAACUGCACGGAUCGUUGGAUAAAGACUUCGCUGAGGGUCACGAGUAUAUCAAGGGCCAUGUACAAAAGUGGAGUGCCGAUGAGCUUGAGAUGCAUAGCUAUUUGCUACUCCCCGAGGGUUGUAGGAAUACUGAGAUGGGAAAGCGACUUGCUGAACAUUCUCUCAUUAAUUAUACACAUGAGUCUUAUGCGAAGGAGACACCUCCGGUUCCUCUGCGCCGGCUUCUUGACCGUCGUCCCCUAGCUGGGAUCAAGGUCCUGGGGAUGGUGCGCAUCAUUGCUGGCCCCACUGUUGGAACUAUAUUGUCAUCAUUUGGCGCGGAUGUUAUCCGUAUAGGUCCUCUAGAACUGGCCCUUAACGCUGGAAAACGCACUAUCGAUCUGGAUAUCGGAAAACAGGAGGAUAAGGCCCGCCUUCUGGAGCUCGUGGGCGAAGCGGAUAUCUUCGUACAAGGCUUCCGGUAUGGAUCGCUCGACCGCAAGGGCCUCGGCCUGAAAGUCACGCUCGGCGUAGCAGCGAAGAGAAUCAAAGACCUCGUAUAUGUCGCCGAAACCUGCUAUGGACCGAGUGGACCAUUCGCUGGGUUCACAUUCGUUCGCUCUUCGCCUGCCCAAUUUGUCACGGAAAUUAUGAGGGAGGUUAUCAACGGAUGGAAGAAUGUCUUCCCCGAAUAUAUUUCCCCUGACUCUCCAUUCAUGAUGAGAUUAUGA